AUGUCCGUUCACGAUUCUGUUUCUGAUGAGGCAGAAUGGCUCGAUUUGGAGUCGGAUGAGGAGUCGACUCCUAUCACAUCCUUGUUCACUUCGCAAACUUUCUCCACGGUCGCUGCCAUGCUUGAGGAUAGCGUCAAGAACCACGGAUACAACUUUGUUGAGGAUGUGCAAAAACUCCAGCUAGAUUUCCACGGUGCCGUCAAGCUGGUCAACUUUGUUCGUGAUCAUGUUAAGAGCGGAUUGCCACUCCCCAAGGACAUCACGGCCAAGGACCUGGAGGACGACAAAUACCUUCGCCCGGUUCUAGAAAAUGAUGCUCUCAUUUUCUCUCUUGACGAAGUCCUGGAAACCAUCACCACUGAUCAAGACAAGGAUGGAAUUCUUGCGGCGCGCAACAGAGAACUUGAGGAGGAGCUUGAGAAACUUAAAGAUCAAUUUGUCAAUUAUCGCCUGACGGUUCAAGAGACUCUUGACAAGCGAUGGGGAGACGACACCGAGACAACUCCUAUUGAGAAGAAGGACGACUCUGCUUACUAUUUUGAGUCAUAUGCUGCCCACGAAAUCCACGAGACUAUGUUGAAGGACACAGUACGGACCGACGCGUACCGUGACUUCAUUUACAACAAUAAGCACAUAUUCAAGGACAAGGUUGUGCUUGAUAUCGGAUGUGGCACUGGAAUUCUUAGCAUGUUCGCCGCAAAGGCUGGUGCCAAGCAAGUGAUUGCUGUUGACAAGUCGGACAUUAUUGUCAAGGCUAGAGAAAACAUCUUUCACAACGGCCUAUCCGACGUCAUCACCACCCUAAAGGGUGCCAUCGAGGAUGUUAAGCUGCCUGUGGAUCAGGUUGAUAUCAUCGUCAGCGAGUGGAUGGGCUACUGCCUACUCUACGAGGCCAUGCUCCCCAGUGUCUUGUAUGCUCGGGACCGAUAUCUCAAACCAGAUGGCAUCCUAGCACCAAGCUCUGCAACCAUCUGGAUCGCUCCUGUUGCAGAUCAAGAAUACAUCUCAGACCACAUCACAUUCUGGAGAGAUGUCUACGGAUUUGACAUGAAGACUAUGCAGGAAGGCAUCUAUGAAGAAGCGAGGGUUGAGGCUAUGCCGCAAAGCUCCCUUUGCGGUGAACCUUACCCCUUCAAAGUGCUUGACCUCCAUACCAUCAAGACCGAAGACCUUCAAUUCACCGCCAAAUGGGCAUCCAACAUUACCCGCGAGGUCGAGAACGUCGAUGGUUUCCUCAUUUGGUUUGACAACUUCUUCACCACAGCCCGAAGCGACCCGGUCCCCCCCGCUGAGACAACACCAGAUACCUGGGACAAAAAGGAUCAGGGUGGCGUCGCCUUCACAACCGGACCCUCUGGCAUUGUCACUCACUGGAAGCAAGGCCUUCUGAUCGCUCCUCCUGAGGCCAACCCGUCCAAGAAAUGCCCCAAGAGCCUUUCAGGUGAAAUUGUGUUUACAGCUGCUGACGACAAUGCCCGAGCGCUGGUCCUCCGUGCGUCUUGGACCGAUUCUGAAGGUGACUCCAGACAGCAUUCAUGGCAGCUAAAAUAG